UUAAGUAGGUAGGGUGGGGUUGGUGCGCGUGCGCAGUUUCAACACUCCUCCCCAAACUGCCAACUCUUCGCGCAGGCUAGGUGGGCGUUUAUUGCCUGGGUACGCGUGCGCACUAACGGACCUGGCCCCGGAAGACAGGACGCCUGCGCUGUGGAAACUACGCUGACAACCCCUCGGGUGGGGCGCGGGCCUGUCAUGGCGGAGCCUUGGGCUGGGCAGUCCUUGCAGGCUCUACCCGCCACGGCGCUGGGAGCACUGGGUGCUCUGGGCAGCGAGUUCCUGCGGGAGUGGGAGGCACAGGACAUGCGUGUGACCCUCUUCAAGCUGCUGCUGCUGUGGUUGGUGUUAAGUCUCCUGGGCAUCCAGCUGGCGUGGGGGUUCUACGGGAGCACGGUGACCGGGCUGUAUCACCGCCCAGGUCUGGGCGGCCAGAAUGGAUCCACACCUGAUGGCUCCACGCAUUUCCCUUCCUGGGAAACAGCAGCAAACGAACCUCUCAAAACCCACAGAGAAUAAGGAAAGGCAGCAGAGGGGUCUCCGGGGAAAUCACCGGGUCUUCUGGCUCCUACACUGGGUCCUGCUGUUGCCCAGACCCCAGAGACGACUACAGGGGUGUCAGUUUGGGGGGCAAGGAGUACCUCAGUGCUUAUAGGAAUUUACCUGCACUGCUCUUGGCUGCCUCCCGCAGCUCCAGGUAUUGGACAAGUAGAGUCUGCCUCUAACCUUUCUGAAUGUCUUAAGAAGGCAUGCACCUUCUCUCUCAUGAGUCAAUGACAAAGUCCCUGGGUUGGGAAGGCCAGUAGUCCAUUUUCUGUCUUGCCUUUUUCCCCUCUUCUCCUGAGAUGUGGUCCCAUAUAGAUUUGUCCCUCUGAGAGGAAGCCUUGAAAUUGACCAGCUCUGGAGUUUGUAAGGAAUAGUCUGUUCUCCCCUGAGUAUGAAUUUCCUUCUUAUUUUGUUUUAUGGUGCCAAAACCUAGGACCAAUCCCAGAUUUCUUUGGUUUCACUUUAUCAACUGAAAGAUAGGAAAAUGACCUUAUACUCUGGCUGCUUAGCUUGCCAUUCAAGUAUAAGGCAAGGAAAAACAAGCACCCACCUUCAUGACCCAUCAAAAGUUCUCCAGAUAUAAACCAGGUUGUAGAAAUUGUCUUCCACCAUCAUCAUACUGAUAUUCCUCUCAGUGCUUCCUGAAGGGAAGCUGGGUGCCUGAAAGAGGCUGAGCCCCAGCAAGGACCUCUGUUUGAGCCCAUGAGUUGUGGGUUUAUAUCCAUCCUACAGGCCCCUGCCCUGUAGCAUCACUUCUGUCUUGACCUGAACCACAGGCUCAUCCUAAGAGCCCAAAAGCUCCUCGCCACUAGAACCAUCUCAAUCCCCAGGAACCCUUAACAGGGAACAGCCACAGGACAGGCCAGUCUGCCAUUUCCACAGUGGGCCAGGGAAACAUCCAAAGGUAUGGGUGGCAAACAUCAGUUCCUUUAAGCAGUGUGGCCUGGACCUGCCUCCUCUCCUUAUGGUGGUACUUCUGCCUGCUUCUCCUGGGCCACCAGCUACCUCAGUAUUGCACUGCCUGCAUCCUCUGUUCGAUGUCCCAAUUCCACCUGGCAGACUUUGCCUACACUGUCUUUGUAGUAGAGACCUACUGGAAGUAAGACUUAACACUGAAUUAAUGUAUAUGUACCUGUUAUAUCUUCAGGUUGGCAGGAUGAUGGUUUUUGUAGCCCCAGACCCACCCACUGAUAAACACCACGCAGAAUUAGGGCUUUACAUUUUAUCCCAUGCAAAACUGAGGGUAUGGUUUAUUAAACAUGGAAGUGCACCAGUUGUGU